CUUUUCUUAAGAUUCAGUAUAGUAUGAAUGAAACUUAACCAAAUGCCGAAAGAACCCCUUGUCCAAUAGCUGUGAUAUUUGCAUAUCACCCUCCGCGUUUUCACUAUUUACUCCAUGAACUUAGCCUCGCCUGCCUCUUGGGCGUGAAGUGUUGUCAUGGAAACAGUGACCAAGGGGGAGGUAGAAGCCUGCUUGGUGAUGUCAUCAAAGCCCGACAGAGUCGGUUCUUUCUGAUUAACAUGGCGGAAGCACCGGAGUCUCAGCGAGAAGAUGCUGCUCUUCCUUUGCCUUCUCUUUCUGCACCCGCUGACCUUUCUGCUGUGGAAGAGGCCGUGGGGCAGGAGAGGGAGUCUGUGGAGGUUAAGGUGGAGGUGCAGGGUAUAGAGAUUAAAAGCAAGGAAGCUGCAGAAUUGGUCCUUGGAGAAUUGGAGGAAUCUACAUCACAGGCCUGUGCAGCCAAAAAAAUUAAAAUAGAGAUAAAGGACAAAAAAGAGAAAAAACACAAAGUCGAUGAAGAUGAAAUUCAAAAAAUGCAAAUAUUAGUUUCUUCUUUUUCUGAAGAACAACUGAAUCGUUAUGAGAUGUAUCGCCGAUCAGCUUUUCCUAAGGCUGCUAUUAAAAGGCUGAUCCAAUCAAUUACUGGAACUUCUGUUUCUCAGAAUGUGGUCAUUGCAAUGUCAGGAAUUUCCAAAGUCUUUGUUGGGGAAGUGGUAGAAGAAGCACUAGAUGUAUGUGAGAAGUGGGGAGAAUCACCACCUCUGCAACCAAAACACAUGCGAGAAGCAGUCAGACGUCUGAAGACACGAGGACAGAUCCCCAACUCAAAAUAUAAAAAAAUUCUUUUUCACUGAAGAGGCAGUAGGAAAGGAGUCUUUAAUGGGAUGGUGAACUUUCAACUUGGAGCAGACUUUCACUGAUGGUGUCUUCAGAGGGCAUAAAGCUUCAUCUUUAAGGUCUCUUUGGUAAGAAUAAGCUGUUUCUGAAAUCAUGGACCACUGAAGACCAGCAAUUCUGCAGGUUGUUUAGACUAAACAUAUAAGCAUAUGUGUACAGCAGCCUUAAAACAUUGCUGUGAUAAGGUUAUGCCAGCCUCAUGGAACUUUUAGAAGGACUUCUUGAAAGUGGGGAUAAAUACAAUUAAACAAGAAGUGUUAUUGGUGGGAAAUAAUAAGAAACUCAGUAAAGGAACUCUUUAAAUUUUGUCUCGGCACUAAUGUUUGGGUUAGCAUUGAGUCUUCUGUCAUAUAAAACUUGUGGUUGUAUGAAAUAUUACAAGUGCUAUUUGUUAAACUCGUUUUUUGAAAGUGACAAGGGCUGCCAGUAGCAGCUCCUUGCUAAGACAGUAGGCAAGACAGUGUAGAAUUGACUUGUUCUGUUAGAUAUUUAAGUACUUUUUAAUAGCAGUUACUUAAAGUGCUCAUUAAAAAUAAUUUUGACUUCA